AUGGAUUCGCCAGAGCAGCUUUACCCAACCUGAUCAUCUCGGACACCCAUUGAAGAGGAUUCCCACGAAGGCUCAGGUGCCUCUCAAAUGAUCUCCGAAGUAUUAACCAAGAACCUUGGUAUAUUGACCCUGGACUCUAGUAUCAUCCUCCCUUCCCCUAUGCCAGAAUAUCGAUCCCAGCAGCAGGGCAGAGAGAAACCACAGGGGCUGGUGGAGCGUAUCCUCAGCCGCAGUGGGAGGAGGACUGGAGUAAGGACUUUGUUAAUGGCCCCAAAGAAAAGGAUGGCAAGGAUGAGUAGAAUGAUUCAGUACCAGCGCUACCUAAACCCGGGGUCCCAGCUUCCAAAAGAUCUACAGCAGAAGGAAACAGAGGAGGGUGAAACAAGAGUGGGAAGAUUCAGAUGUCGCUGUCGUUAUCGCCUGUAUCAUAAAGAGCUUUCUGAGGAAACCAACAUGGAGAAUAAUUAUGACAUGGAGCCAAUGUAA